GAUGCCCUAGCUUGCUCGAGAACCCGGAAGCGCGACGGAUGGACAGGUCGAGACAGCCAAUCCGCCGCGGCAAGGGCGGCCGUCCGUCCAAUGGCGAGGCGACGGGAGCGGGGCGAGGUGGUGGGGGCGGAGCCUGCGGCUGCGGGGAACGGCCGCGCGGGCUUGGAUGGUGCGGGAGGGCACGAGCCCUAGGCUGGUUCGCAGCGUGAGCUCGCGGCAGCCUCAGUUUCCCCCCACCCCCACUUCGGGAGUAAGCCGAAGCCUGCUGGGCUCGAGCCGCUGCACAGGCCGCGCGAAGUGAUGACGUGGCGAGUCAGGCCCCGGAGCUCCGGCGCCGCCUGUCAGAACGGCGUCAUCCCUCAUCUGUAAACCCGGAGCUACAGGGUCCAGCUUUUCCUCUGUGACGGGUCGCGUGCUCUGGACCCAGCCCUCAGUCCAGAUGAUACUCAUGCCAAUGGCAUCGGUGGUGGCGGUGGCCGAACCCAAAUGGGUCUCCGUCUGGGGCCGUUUCCUGUGGAUGGCGCUGCUGAGCAUGGCUCUGGGGUCGCUGCUGGCUCUGCUGCUGCCGCUGGGAGUUGUGGAAGAGCAAUGCCUGGCUGUGCUCAGAGGUUUCCACCUGCUAAGAAGCAAACUGGACCGGGCACAGCCUGUGGUUCUCAAGUGCACCAGCCCAUGCACGGAGCUCAGUGUCUCCUCCAAGGAUGCGGGGCUGCUGACAGUCGAGACUAAGACGUCUCCAGCAGGGAAGCUGGAAGCCAAGGCCGCCCUAAACCAAGCCCUGGAGAUGAAGCGCCAAGGCAAGAGAGGGAAAGCCCACAAGCUCUUUCUGCACGCCCUCAAGAUGGACCCCGGCUUCGUAGAUGCACUGAAUGAGUUCGGCAUUUUCUCGGAAGAAGACAAGGACAUCAUCCAGGCUGACUACUUAUACACCAGGGCCCUGACCAUCUCGCCCUUCCACGAGAAAGCCCUGGUCAACCGGGAUCGGACACUGCCCCUCGUGGAGGAAAUUGACCAGAGGUACUUCAGCGUCAUCGACAGCAAAGUGAAGAAGGUCAUGUCCAUCCCAAAGGGGAGCUCAGCGCUGCGCAGGGUCAUGGAGGAGACCUACUACCACCACAUCUACCACACGGUGGCCAUCGAGGGCAACACCCUCACCCUCUCGGAGAUCAGGCAUAUCCUGGAGACCCGCUACGCCGUGCCAGGGAAGAGCCUGGAGGAGCAGAACGAGGUAAUCGGCAUGCACGCGGCCAUGAAGUACAUCAACACCACCCUGGUCUCCCGCAUUGGGUCUGUCACCAUCGACGACAUGCUGGAGAUCCACAGGAGGGUACUGGGGUAUGUGGAUCCAGUGGAGGCAGGCAGGUUCCGGAGGACCCAGGUCCUGGUGGGCCAUCACAUCCCACCCCACCCCCGGGAUGUGGAGAAGCAGAUGCAGGAGUUCACACAGUGGCUCAAUUCAGAGGAUGCCAUGAACCUGCACCCAGUCGAGUUCUCGGCCCUGGCCCAUUACAAACUGGUGUACAUCCACCCUUUCAUCGACGGCAACGGGAGGACCUCCCGCCUGCUGAUGAACCUGAUUUUGAUGCAGGCGGGAUACCCGCCCAUCACCAUCCGCAAGGAGCAGAGGUCCGAGUACUACCAUGUACUGGAAGUUGCCAACGAGGGUGACGUGCGGCCUUUCAUCCGCUUCAUAGCCAAGUGUACGGAGGUCACACUGGACACGUUGCUCCUUGCCACCACCGAGUACUCGGUGGCGCUGCCAGAAGCCCAGCCCAACCAUUCUGGGUUCAAGGAGACGCUCCCUGUGAGGCCCUAACCGCCGGCCAGCCCUCCCUUGGCAUCCAGAGAAGGCCUUUCUAGAAACAGUUCUCCCCUGGUAGCAAAAGGAAACCCUUAAACAUUCUUUACCUCCAGAUGUUUUUCAGUUGAGAAAGAAAACUAAAUUAUUAAGCCUGUCUUCAGGAUAAUUUAUAGUUCAGCCAAGUUAUUUAUUUAAUUUUUUUUUUUUUUUUUUUUUACUUUUUUAGUGAGCUAGCAGCGACCGAGUGGUGCUGCGACCACAACACCUGUGGUGAUCCCGGCACCCAGUAGGGCAGCAGUGCUUUUCUAAUGUCCUGAGCCUGGGUGUCUAGACAGACUUUGCACUAAGGGCAGAGGCAGAGAGAUCUGUGAGACAGAACUCAGGGCCACGGCAAUCACUCUGAUGCCUUGGAGGUCCUGAGACCUCAGAAGGCUGCAACCUUGGGCAGAACCUGCCCUGUGCUGAGGCAGGGAUUUACUCCUGAGAGGCUGUGGCAGCAGCUUCUACUGGCAGCCCAGCCCUUUGACACAAGAAGCAAGCGUUGCCAGCUCCAGUAGGAGGUUGCAGAUUCCCGAAGACCCUCUGAGCUAUUAACUUGCUAACCUGAGUGACAGGGAAUAGCGCUUCCCUGCCCAGACUGUUCUGAGGAGGGUGGAGGGCAGGCAGAACGGCUUUCCCUUAUCUUUGCCCUAUACUUCACUUGCAUCAACUGAGGCUAGCCAAGCCAACCUACCCUCUCACUCCACAGAGCAGGUCUGCCGUCACCUCCCACUCAGUCUUCUGAGGACACGGGAGGUGACGCUUGGUGGGAGAAUACUACCCAGCAUGCACCACACACAAGGCACCUGCCCUAACAUUACAAAAGGAUGUAUCUGAGAAACCACAUUAACCCCAAAUAAGCAGUUCUGAUAAAAGAUUUAAAACGGGCAAACACCUGUGACCACGACCACCCAGCCUUUCCCCCUUUGUCUUGUGGUUUGAAACCCUCUUCCCAUCUGAUGCCAUCACAGGGUCCGGUGUCCCCACUGCCUUGGAGUGGCCUUCUUCUGGUAACUUGUAAAGUGAUGGAUGGUGUCACAUCUGAUAGACACAUUUCCAAGUUGUCAUCUUAGGAAAAAUAAACUUUUUUUCAAUCAUA